AUGCCUCAGGUGAGGAUCAUAGCGAAGAAUUUCAUGGACAUGGUGGCUGCCUUGCCCGCCAUGAAGCUCGACAAGCUCUACGAGAACGCAUUUAUCUGCGAAGCCAUUCUCAGGUCUCUGCCACCUCUAGCCAAGAAAUAUGUCUUACAAAUGCUAUGCAUCGAAGUUCCAGUGACUGCCAAGUCAAUGGAGGAGUGGGUGCUGCCGGAUGGGGUCUCCAAACAUAGAGUUGCUAUUGAUCGGCUAAUUCAGUUGAGAAUUUUCACUGAAACUGUUGACAGGAAGAGAGAAACAACUUACACAUUAAAUCCUAUAUUUCAGACCAAUCUCAAGAAGCUUUUGCUAUAUGGUGUAGUUUUGCCAAGAGAACCGAUGCCUUCGAACGUUACAGUGAGGCUCCCAAGCUCAGAGGAUCUUGAGGCUUUUGCCCUAGAACAAUGGGAGUGUUUCUUGCUGCAACUUAUCAACUCAUCUCAAAUUGAAAGGCCGUCAAACAUCAGUUCAUCCAUGAUGAAAAUUUUCCAGCGGGGUCUUUUGAGUCAGAGAGAUAAAGAAGCUCCAAGAUUAACUGAAAGUGGUUUCCAGUUCUUGCUGAUGGAUACAAAUGCGCAACUUUGGUACAUCAUCAGAGAAUACAUCUCUAACUCGGAGGAGCGUGGGGUAGAUUCUGCAGAUUUGAUUUCAUUCCUGCUGGAGCUUAGUUUUCAUGUUACAGGCGAGGCAUAUAACAUAAAUACACUGACUGAGGUACAGAAGAAUACAAUCAAGGAUCUAGCAGAUUUAGGAUUGGUCAAACUUCAGCAGGGUCGUAAAGACAGUUGGUUUAUACCUACUAGAUUAGCUACUAAUCUUUCAGUGAGCUUGACAGACUCAUCAUCGAGGAAACAGGGAUUUGUAGUUGUGGAAACAAACUUCAGGCUGUAUGCCUACUCAACAUCUAAAUUACAUUGUGAAAUUUUACGUCUUUUCUCAAGGGUAGAAUAUCAACUUCCAAACCUUAUAGUUGGAGCAAUAACAAAAGAAAGUUUGUAUAGUGCUUUUGAAAAUGGCAUCACUGCAGAUCAGAUAAUUUCUUUUCUUCAGCAGAAUGCACAUCCACGUGUUGCAGAGAGAGUACCAUCUGUACCUGAGAAUGUCACAGAUCAGAUUAGGCUGUGGGAAACAGAUCUGAAUAGGGUUGAGAUGACUCCAGCGUAUCAUUAUGAUGGAUUUCCAUCCAGGGAUCUCUUUGAGGGUGCUUCUGACUUUGCACGAGGAUAUAAUGCUCUGCUAUGGGAGGAUCCAGAGGAUUCAAAGAAGAUGUCUUUAGUGGUCAAGGCAGAAAACCACGUGCACAUGCGAGAAUAUCUUAGCCGUCAAAGGCAGUAG